AAAAAACGUAAACAACAAACCGGCUUUUCUCGAAAUUUUCAGGAUUUUCCAGGACGAUGGACGACGACGACGAUUUGUUGGCUUCGCUGGACAUAGAAUCCGCUCCUAAACGUGCGGCAAUCGCAGAAUCGUCCACCUCGUCCAGCACAGAAGGACCAUCCUCAAGCGCACCUGUGGUUAUAGCGAAAGUUAACAAGAGUAACUGCAUUUUGGUGAACCCGAAGCAGCGUGGAAAUCCGCUGCUGAAAGCCAUCCAAAAUAUUCCCUGGGAGUACGAUGAGGUGGUUCCGGACUACGUCGUGGGUGCUAGUGCCUGCAUUCUGUUCCUCUCGUUGCGCUACCACAACCUAAAUCCGGAUUACAUUCACGCGCGGUUGAAGCAGCUCGGUAAGAUGUACGAAUUGCGAGUGCUCCUCGUCCAGAUCGAUAUUCAGGAGCCACAGAACGCGCUGAAACAUCUUACCCGCAUAUGCCUGCUGGCCGACCUGACGCUCAUGCUGGCUUGGAACGCGGACGAAGCGGGACGGAUCGUUGAGAAGUACAAACUGUUCGAGAACCGUCCGCCCGAUUGGAUCAUGGAACGAGCGGAGAAGUAUCCCCACGAGAAGCUGGUACGAGCGCUGACCAGCAUCAAGCCGGUCAAUCAGACGGAUGCGAUGAUUCUGCUGCAAAACUACGGCACGCUCGCGAACCUUAUCAACAGCACUGAGGAGAAGCUUAGCAUGGUCUCCGGGUUGGGGCCGCGGAAGGUGAAAAAGUUGUACAAAACGUUUAAUGAAAAUUUUCGAAGUUAAAUUUUUAUCCUAUUUAUGCUACGCUUUUGCCAGUACGCGAUAUUUAAGUAUUAAAAUAAAUAUUCUUACACAAUUUUGUUGAAAACAUUGA